CGGCUGCCAUGCAUAGUGCAUCUGGGGAUAUAAUCUUCCUUCUCCCUUUCCAUCUCCCUUCCACAAAGCAGCACACAGGGAAGGGUAUAAAUAAACGAUCAGCAGCCACUUUCCACGAGAGGCGUCAUCAGGAGCUCUCCCCGCGAAUUGGAAAGGUUCGGUCUCCAACAGCCGGCCCCCCAUCUCUCCAUCUUCUCUUCCAUCCUCACCUCCUGCCCGCCCCCUCUUGUUGGCAGAACACACCCAUCCGAAGGGCUCGUUGAAGCGUGUCGUCAGUCGAGUCAGUCUAUUGGGAGGAGCUGCCUGCGGUCCGCGUUUAGAGCGACAGGGACCCCGGUCCAGGGCGACGUCGACCCGAUUACAGAAUUCCCCCUCUUAUAUUACAAUCCACUUCUCUUGCUCUUCUUUCCUCCAUCCACAAUACUACCCACCAGCGGCCAUCCUUUUUUUCUUACACUCAGCAUACCCCCUGCAUCGCUUCGGAGGUUGCCAACGAGACAGCGAUUCCGCUGCGCCAAUCAUAUCGAUAACGCCUCUGGCAUUACCUUGAAGACUCGCCCACCAUGCUAUCUUCAGCCCCCGCCGUUCCCCUCCACUCUAUCAACUUUGCCGACCCCAACCAGAGGCGCCUCUCGCUCAUGACCCACGAGGGCCGCGAGAUAUUCACCGCCCACGACGGCCUUCCCUCCCCCGGCAACCUCACUCCCGUACAGGGCGGAACCCCCAAUGGCUCCGAGUAUGCCGUCGGCAGCUCUGACGGCGGCUCUGCGCCCAUCAGCAGGAGAGACAGCGAGAUGGUCUUGCAGGAGAGCUCGUCGGAGGACUCUGCUUAUUCAGCGAGGGCGAGCCAGAAUGGGAAUGGAACAGGAGACAGCCAGACGACGCUCAACACGAUGGGAGGGGCAGACAGGCAGGUGCAGGGGAGAGAGUAUGAGGGGGAUGCGGGGACUGGGCUGCGCAAGGUGCCGAGUCGAGGAGGGAUCUGGCAUGAAGAUCCUAAGUGGUCUUCAAAGGGAAGUGCUCAGCCAGUGCAUGCCGACGCUCCUAGAGCAGUCAGGCCUAUCGACGGUGAACAGUUCUACGCCGCCCACCACAAGACCCACGUCCCUUCGAACCUCGCCUUCACCGCCGCCAACGCUCCCACCCCCGAAUCAAACACUCCCCCUGCCCAAGAGCAGCAGCACGCCCAAAGCGCCACUUCCUCCCCCCAACCGGCGCAACACGCCAAGCAGUACGCCCAAACAGCGCCGUCGUCCCCUCACCAGUCGCCCACGGCCACCCGGCUGCCGAAACACCAUGCCGGGCCGUUGCACGACUUGCGCCGGUUCUUGAACCACCACAUCGGCUCCGACAAGCACAAGCACGAGCACCACCCUGCUGUGCGGGAGCACCUCGCCGAUACGCCUUCUGCCUCUGGCCCCAACUCGCCCACGCCCGGGACGGGCGUGGCGACGGGGGCAGCGACGCCUGCGAUGCAGAGACGCGGCAGCGGUUUCGGUGGUAUGGCGCACGGCCAGGUCGGCAGUAUGACAGCCGUCAACGCGACCCCCUCUUCCACCCGCGGGACCGGCCAUGCCGACAAGGACCACGGCGCGCACACCACCCACCUCAUGGGCUUUAUGCGCCACCACCACCGGGAUAAUGAGGGUGAAAAGUCGCAUUCCUCUCUGGCGAGCUUUUUCGGGCAUAAUGAGAAGAAGGAGAAGAAGAAGCGGGAGAAGGAGGCGGCGAGUCAGGCGGGGAGCACAGUGCCGAGUAGGCAAGUGACGAGGGAGGGGACGCCGGGGGGGUCGCCGAACUUGACGCCGGCGCAUACGCCUGGAUGGGCGACGCCGAAGAAUGCGGCGGAUUUCCCGGGUGUACCUUACCCCGUCCUCGCGCUCACACACCCCUCGCUGCAAGAAGCGUCCCACGCGCACUUGUCGAAAAAGUAUGGCAAAUGGGGCAAGGUGCUUGGGAGUGGUGCGGGGGGUACGGUCAGGUUGAUCAAGGGGAAUACGAAGAAUGGGAAUACGGUGUAUGCUGUCAAGGAGUUUAGGCCGAGGAGGCAGGGAGAGUCGGAGAAGGAGUAUCAGAGAAAGGUGACGGCAGAGUUUUGCGUGGGUGUGACGUUGAGGCAUAUCAAUGUCAUUGAGACGGUGGAUAUCGUCAACGACCACGGGCAUUUCUACGAGAUUAUGGAAUACGCUCCGUACGACCUCUUCUCCGUCGUCAUGUCUGGCAAAAUGUCGCGUCCCGAGAUCUACUGCGUCUUCCGCCAAAUCGUCGACGGCGUCAACUAUCUCCACUCUAUGGGCCUCGCCCACCGAGACCUAAAGCUCGACAACUGCGUCAUGACCACCGAAAACACUGUCAAGCUCAUCGACUUUGGUACUGCCACCGUCUUCCACUACCCCGGCAAGCACCAGAUCCCAGCUACCGGCGUCGUCGGGUCCGACCCUUACCUUGCGCCCGAGGUGCUUUCCAAGGACCACUACGACCCCCGGCUGACGGACGUGUGGAGCGUGGCCAUCAUCUUUAUGUGUAUGGUGCUCAGGCGGUUCCCGUGGAAGAUCCCAGACUACAAGACGGACAUGUCUUACAAGCUGUAUGUCAAUACGCACCCCGAGCUGGCUACCAAGCCGCCCGUCCCGACGCCGGCGCCGAGUCUGGUCAACGGCAAGGAUGGCAAGCACGGUGGUCCCCACGGGCUCUUGCCGGACGGGUCCAGCCAGAUCCCCUUUGAGCGAUCCGAGUCGAAUGUGAGCUCCAACACUGCUGUGGAUAAUACCGUCAAGGAGGGCUCGCCUGAAGAGUGUUCUUCGUCUGAUGACGAUGGGCCUCAUGGGCGUUUGGCGCAUUUGAACAUCCACGCCGGGGACGGCAGGCAGGAUCCGAGUGAUCUCAAUUUCCCGAGGAGGAGCGAUUCGGUCGUUUCUGUGCCUGCUUCGAGGUAUGCGACCAAGGGCGGCUUGACGCCUGCUGCCAAAAACCCCAAGAGGCAGGGCACACUACCUCCCCAGGCUAGUGAGCGUCAAACGGAAGGUAUGGGCCGUCAUCGCGCAGUGUCGACGCCUUCUCAGCCGCCGACCCCUGGUACCGACCACCGCGUCAACCCCAUGACCAGCGCUUCCGGCCACCUCGCGCCCGAACAGAGCCCUGCUGCCCGGGCAGACGCCCAAGCAAGGCGGGAGCGCGCCGCGUCCAUCUCGUCGACGCGUACCUUCCAAUCGGGCGGUGCCGAGUCCAUCUUCCGUCUCCUCCCUCGCGAAUCCCGGAGCGCGAUCAUGCGCAUGCUCGCGGUGGAGCCUUCGAUCCGAUGUACGCUCUCCGACUUGCUCGUGGGCAGGGGGAAGGAUGAGAUGAUGUGUCCUUGUGGGUCGGAGGAUUGCUCGGGGAGCGUCAGUGUGCCGCCAGAGGAGAUUACGGGGCUGACGGCGCAAGAGAUGGAUGAUGGGGAUGAGUGGGUGAAGGGGAUUGAUUGUUGUAGUCACCAUCCCGGGAGACCGGGGAACCACCAGCAUAUCAAGGUGGUUGGAAGUGAGGAGAAGCCAAAGAAGAAGCUGUUCCAUUAAAGUUGGUUGGGGGUGCGCAGCUCGGAAAGAAGAUCAAAAAGUGUAGUAGUAGUGUCGUGGUCUCUGUCAUUCCUCUUUUCUUUCCUUGCGUUCGUCGAUCAUCCUACCAUGUAAUCUCUGUUCUUUCUUCAUUCAUCAGAUAGUCAGAAUAUCCAUUUGUGUUGGACUUUAAACAUGCCAGUCUCCACAAGCAUCAACGCUGACGAAAUGAACUCGAUUUUUUCUGGUUCAUCGUUCGUCUUUCAUAGCUACUUUUUGAACUUUUCUCUCUCUCUUUUGCUAGUCUAGUAUAGGUCAAGUCUUCAAAUGGAUGUACAACAUACCUGCAUAAGCUGUGUGGGC